ACAGGCUCUUCUGUCUCUCUUUUCCCUUCCCCUUUCCAUGGUGCAAUCCACCAAUAAUACUAACAAAACCACUCAUUACACAAAAUCCCACAAACCUUUAUGAAACCAUUUUCAGAUAACAAGUAAAAACAAAACCAGAGUUUGGUUGGGGUGAUUUUUGCACUCUCUUUUCUCCAAUCCCCUUUCCCUUUUAUCCCCCCUUUUUAUUUCCCCAGUCAAUAGCAUAAACUGCCUCACAGAUGCUGCAAAAGCUUUGAACUUUGAACGUAUCUGUCUUGUCUUAUAAAUGGGUUCUUGUUCAAAAACCUUAUAAACUUCAAAAAAAAAAAAAAAAAAAAAAAAAAGCUUUUCUUUUUGGGGGGGGUUGUUUUUCUAUUUUUGCCCCCUUCAAAAACAGACAAAAGCCAUCACUUCAUAUUCCUUGUAAACAAGAUCACUGGUGUUUCUCUUGUUCUGCUGGUUUAGGUUUCUCUUUUGCUCGAGACUUAGCUGAGUGAUGUGAAGUAUGUGAGUAAAUGAGAUUUCAUGGAAGCAAAAUGGCAUUCACUGAUGAAUUUUGUUAGUUUUUUUCACUCUGAACUAUGGCCUGUAUGCCUUCAAUGAUGUAGAAAAUUUUAAGCUGGAAAAUGGAGUGCUGAAGAAAGGGCAGGAUGCAGUUGGAUUAGCUUUGUUAGUAUUAUAUACUUUUUGGUGAUAUUUCAGCAUCGAGAAAGUGAAACUUGAGAUAAUGUGCAGUCUGACUAAUUUUAUAAGGUUCUGAGGGGUAUUAAAAUUUUCUUGUCUUGUAUUGCUUAAUAAUGUUGGUCAUAUAAGAUUUUAUUUACAUAAGAAUAAAAGGCAAAGCUUGUCUCAAAGACUACUGUUUCUCUCUUGGCAAACAUGGGAAACUUCAAUACUAGUCAUCAACAAGCACUACUAGCAGUUGAGGCAAGAGCUCAACAACUGAACCAAGAAAAGCAAAAUUUCCAAUCCCAGUUCAUCUCAAAUAUUCAGCAGAGUACUACAUCACGGGCAGACACAGAGCAGACAAGUGAACCCUCAAAGAUGACAUCUCAGAACAUGGAUGAGGAUCCCAAAGGUAUACCUGCUAGUACUGAUAGACCCUCUUAUGAUGGCUAUAAUUGGAGGAAAUAUGGGCAGAAACAAGUAAAAGGAAGUGAGUACCCACGAAGUUACUACAAGUGCACGCACCCAAAUUGUCCUGUGAAAAAGAAAGUUGAAAGAUCAUUUGAUGGGCAGAUCGCAGAGAUUGUAUACAAGGGUGAACACAACCAUGCGAAGCCUCAUCCUCCUAAACGCAAUUCAUCAGGGACACAAGGGGCAGGACUUGCAUCUGAUGGAACUGGUCAAGACGCGAACAAUUCUUUAUGGAGCAAUCAACAGAAUGAAAGGAAUGAAGGCUCUGAAGGUAGAUUAGAGAAUGAGAAUGAAGCAGGAUUAUUGACACAUUCAUCUUAUCAGGGAAAAGUUUCAGUACCUUAUGAACCAGUUGCAACAGGGGCAAUUAAUGCUGGUGGUGGAACUUCAGAAAAUUCUUGUGGUCUUAGUGGGGAAUGUGAGGAAGGAAACAAGGAGGGCGAGGAUGAGGAACCCAGAAGUAAGAGAAGAAAAAGUGAGAAUCAAUCCAGUGAAGCAGGCAUUUGCGGGGAAGGAGUCCAAGAUCCCAAUGUUGUGGUGCACAGCAACACAGAUUCUGAGGUUUUGGGGGAUGGAUUUCGCUGGAGAAAAUAUGGGCAGAAAGUUGUGAAGGGAAAUCCAUAUCCCAGGAGUUAUUACAGAUGCACAAGUCCAAAAUGCAACGUGCGCAAGCAUGUUGAAAGAGCAUCUGAUGAUCCAGGAUCUUUUAUCACAACAUAUGAGGGGAAACAUAACCAUGAGAUGCCACUUAAGAACACAGCUGCAGUGGCCUCUGAACCAGAAUCACAUGCCCGUACUAGUAAAGACAAGGCAUGACUGCAACUAAGUAAGAAAAUCAUUUCCAAGACGGUUUCUGGUCUGAAGAAACUUUAAGUCAGAAGUCUGCCAUUAAUUCAGGCUAUGAAGGCUUCUGAUGAAGGCAGUUUUAUAUGGUAAUUCAAAUUAUUAAAGGGUAGACAUCCAUUUCCUAAAUUCUUCACCCCAUGUUACCUGCCUUAAGCUUUUCAAAAAAUUCUUUACUUUUCCAUUUGUUUCCUACAUAAUAUAAUAACUAGACUUGCACAUCCAUAUAUUUGUGUGAUAUAUGUGCACUUCUAGUUUUGUUUCCAAGUAUUCUUAAACUGUCUUGUAAGAAUCCUGACAGCUUCACAGUCUAUGUUUCUUAAGUGAACCCUAACUUCACAAUCUAUAUUAUUAAGGAACAUGGGAGAUGAAACUUUUUGUUCUGUUUGUCUCUGGCUCUCUGCACUGUAUCUGCUUCAUCCUCUGCAGGUUUAUUCCCUUCUCAUUACAAGUAUGUUUAGUGUCUGGCUCAAUUCUUGAAGACAAUUUCUUUACCAUACAAAUUAAAGCCCUGUUUGAUAC